UGAUGAUAACGAGGUAAACCUAAGUCACGUGUUUUUAUAAUUAAUAUUUAUUGACAACUUUUAAACAUAGUAUAUACCUACGAUUACAUUAAUAGAGUUAUCCAUAAAUUUAAAUUAAACAUCUAAACCUUAGUUAACCAAUUAUCAAUGAUGGAGAAUCCUAUUGUAAUGAACAAGUAUUCGAUCGAAAGGACUCUUGGACAUGAAACAAAAUCGUACAAUUACAAUGAAUUUGUUAAAAACUUUAAGAUAAACAUAAUCAGCCAAACUGAUACUGACUUAGAGUUUGAUUUAAUUGGUGUAGAUGUUGCCUUGGCGAACAGUUUAAGGCGAGUCAUCAUAUCUGAGGUACCCAGUAUGGCGAUUGAGAAAGUGCAUAUAUAUCAAAAUACAUCAUACGUACUUGACGAAAUUCUCGCCCAUCGAUUGGGUUUGAUUCCAUUAAAAGCAGACCCUAGACAGUUUAAAAUGAAGGAUGAAAAUGCUGAACCUAGCGAACAAGACAGUUUAAUGUUUGAAUUAAAAAUUAAAUGUACAAAAAAAGAUUUAGAUGCUUUAGCACAUAAACAAUUUAUAAGUUAUCCUGUUUAUUCGAAACAUAUAAAAUGGUUACCUCUUGGUAAUCAAAAAGACAUGUACACAGAACAAGAUGUUGGUAUGAUUAAUGACGACAUUCUCAUUGCAAAACUAAGACCGGGACAAGAAAUUGAACUAAAAAUGUUUGCAGUUAAAGGAAUUCCGAAGGAUCAUGCCAAAUUCCAAAGUGUUUGUACAGCGUGGUAUAGACUAAUGCCCAAAAUUGAAUUAUUACAAGAAAUUAAAGGAGACGAUGCCAAAUUAUUACAAAAGUGUUUUUCAAAUAAUGUCAUUGGAUUAAAAGAUGUCAAAGGUGUACCCGUGGCAUACGUUGCAGACAGUAGAAAAGACAACAGUUCUAGGAACGUUUUUAGGUACAAAGAAUUUGACGGUAAAGUGUUAAUGGCCAAAGUUCAAGACCAUUUUAUAUUUACAAUCGAAUCGGUGGGAUCAAUGAAACCAAAUGAAAUAUUUUUAGAGUCUAUUAAUAUUAUUGUUCAGAAACUAAAUAAUGCUUUGGAGUCGGCAAUAAACCAAAGUGAUGUAUAAUGGAAAUUUAUUUUUUUAUUUUCAAAUAAACUAGAUUGUAAUAUUACUCUGUA